CUCGCCAGUCGUCUUCCAAACCAGCAUGGAGGACUCGAGGCUUCGAGAGGGGAGAGUAUGUACGUGUAGCCUACGUACGUCGCCACUCGCCAGUCGUCUUCCAAACCAGCAUGGAGGACUCGAGGCUUCGAGUUGGAUGGAUGAUGUCUGGACCCCAAUUUCGGAUUCAAGGGAGACAGGUUGGGUUCACUCUUUUGCCGAUAUUGGGAAUAAGAAAAGCUCAAAUUUUGGGCUUCAUGAUCAUGAUGAUGCAGCUGGCGUAGCGCCGGUACUCUGCCACGCGGUACCGUACCUGCUGCUCAUGACACAUCGCAGCCGCAGGCAACGCUGCAUGACUGAAGAUGAAGGAAGCAACAUAGGUCUACUAGAUCUAGGCUAGGUCUAGUCAUCAAAGAAGCUGCGAUCCAUCCCAAACUCGGCUCGGCCUCCAAAUGGAAAGGAUUCCGAUGGUCUUGCCUUGAAGUCUCACUGUGUAAGAUUCAAUUUCACAACGAAGUCCGGCUCAUCCAUUGUUCCAAAUGAUGGUGUUCUGUUCAUCAUUCUUGGUACAUAUGUACUAAAUUAUAUGUACGGAAGAAACAAACAUCAAUCUGCACAGGGGAAGAUGAAAGCCCAAAGGCAGGAAGAACAGCAGAGUGAUCAUCCAGGAACCACCAAACGAAGACGUAAGAUCCAAGGUUCAAGAAAAAAAGGAUACCCUGCUCAGAUCAUCAUGAAGGAAGUCCUUAGAUUUCCUCAAUUUCAGUUGAAUAAAGAAGAAGCUAGUAGCCCGUAUGCCCGAGGUGUGAAGAGUCGUGAGGUACGAGAGGCGAUAAGAAGUAGCACACAGUUAGUGACUGAACAUCGAAUCUACAUCUCUGUGCCUAAAGAUGAAGAUCACAAGAAUAAACAUCCUAUUGGAAUGCUCACCAGGUUUCUUAAUCCUCUAAAUAAGGAUCUCAUAACUAAAGUUCAAGAACUGGUUGGCCAUGGUGUGACCAAUGUGAAGGAGAUGAAGCGGCACCUGAAAGUCUUUGUUGACACCAUUCUCUUCCCAAACCCAAAGUCUAGAUCAACUUCAAAUGAUAUGGCUUACUAUCCAAGUGACCUAUGUGUUCGUAACCACAUCUAUGCUGCCCGCAUGAAACUAAGUAUGAAAGCAGAUAUUCUGAAGGAUAGACUAGAGGAAUCAGAGAUGCUUAUGAAAGAGAUGUCUCUGAGUUGGGAAGAGAAACUUGUCAACACAGAAAGAAUACACAAAGAGAGGCAAGCAGCACUAGAACAGAUGGGUAUCUCGGUGCAGACAUCAGGGAUCAAAGUAGAGAGGAAUAAAUGUUUCCUGGUCAAUCUCAAUGCUGACCCUUCACUCAAUGAACUGCUUGUCUACUACCUCAAGGAUCACAAUGUAGCUGGGAGGGCUGAUGAGGAGACACAAACUGAUAUCCAGCUAAAUGGGCUUGGUAUCAUGCCUAGACAUUGUACCAUUGAUGUACAUGUAGAGAAUGACAUAGAUGUCUACAUCUCACCAUGUGAAAAUGCAAAGGUAUAUGUCAAUGGAAGUGCUGUGACAAGUAAGACAUCGUUGAGGCAUGGAGACAGAAUACUUCUAGGCAACUAUCAUUUCUUCAGGAUAAACUGUCCCAAGAGCUCCUGGAGUUGGAUCAAGUGGAACAACAACCCCUGAGCCUGUGGCCCAGCCAGUGACAGAAAGCUUUGACUUUGAUUAUGCACAGAAUGAAGUCAUGAUGCAAGAACUACACAAUGACCCUGUACAAGCUGCCAUGAAGCUCAUAGAAGUCCAGCACCAGAAGGACAAAGAUGGCGCCCUUUUCAAGCAGCGGGAGGCUUACGAGCAGGAGCUGGCCGCACUGAAG